CGCUGUGCGACAAGAGAGCGAGCAAACGAUUGAGAGUGUGACGCCCCGCAACGAGAGCAACAAAAUACCUGACCACGAGCGCGAGCGAGAUAGCAGUCUAGCCGUCCAGUAACAAGCCCGAGCGAGCGAGACGGCCUACGUGUGUGCGAGCAACGAAAAAAGAAAACGAAGACAGCCAGCAAGAGUAGUUGGCUGCGAGAGAGAGUAAAUAGCGGGCGGGCGAAUACAUAACGGCAGCGUGGUCGUCGUUCGUCAGAUCGAAAAAAAAUCUUGAAGCGAGCGGACGUGUGCGCGGUCGGUCGACAUCGAGGCCUUACUUUAUCGCUAAAUAAACAAAAGUGAACUGAACCGAAGGCGAAGCGUGUUUACAUUAAAACUAAAACUGCUGGCUAAGGUUUUACAAAUAAAUAAAUAAUAGCAAAGUAAUAGUGAGAAUAUGAAAACAAAGGGGGCCAGCAGCUACUUCCUUUGUGUCUCGUUGCUCGUGUGACAAAUGCCGCAGCAGCAGCAGCAGCGGCAGCAAAACCAAAUGCCACUAGCAGCAGUCGGUUGGCUUAUGUACGACGCGCGCGAGUGUGUGUGUGCGCAGAAAACAUAGAGCAAAGCAUAAUACACAAUAAAGGUGGCCACGAAAGCAGAGCAGCCGAAAGUGCCAGCAGAGCGCAUGAUAGUGUGUGUGUGUGUUUGUGAAGUGAAGUGAGGAAGAAGCAAGAAGCACAAGGCAAAUGAAACGCUGAGUUAAGUAAAAAUAAAAUAAAACUCAACUCUAUACUCUGUGGAUUAUCAACAUACCCUCUUUCGGAUUGUUCCUGCCAUUGGAUAAAUAAAAAAAAAACACCCACGAUGCCAAUUAAUUGGCUGGAUUAUUAACGGAUUAAAAUCUGAAAGAAGACAGAUUGACGACUGACGCUUGUGCGAAAAACAAAAGCGAGAGUAGUAUUAUUACUAUGAUGACGCCAGAGUCGAAAGCAAUAUUGCCAGCAGCAGCAACAACAUCAGCAGCAGCAGCAGCAGCAGCAGCAGCAUCAGCAACAGCAGCAAUGGCUCACACACAAAAGUCGCAGUUGUCAACGUUGGCCAAGACAACAACAACAACAUCAUCAACAACGACAGCUACAAAAGCGGCCAAAAGCACUGCCAGCAAUGCAAAUAGCAAUGGCAAAAAGCUGGCUUUGUCUCAGAAAACAGCAACACCAACUAAUGUUGAUAAAAUGCACAAGCAACAGCAACAGCAACAGCAACAGCAACAGCAGCUUUUUGCCGCCAGCAGCAUUAAACUAAAAAGUGAAAACACAUUAGCAACAACGGCAACAGCAACAGCAACACUUGCCACCAGCGGCAAGGCGGCAAAAGCCAUAUUAGAAAAAAGAAACAUGAAGAAGGAAUCAACGCCACCGGGCACGAGUGCCACUGCCAUUGCUGUAGAAUCCGUUGAGGCCACCUUUUCAUCCUCUUCCUCCACCUCAUCAUCGUCUUCAUCUUGGUCUAUGACCAGAGCGGCGUCUGAGGAGGCCAGCAGUAAUGGUGGCGCCUCCGCCGAUGAGGAGAAGUUGGAGGAGGAGCAGCAGCAGCAGCAGGCGGCAACGGCGGCAACGACUUCCGAUUUGGCCACAACUUCAAGGCCACGCCCCGUACUGCUGACGGCAGUUAAUCCGCACAUCAUCUGUCACCUGUGCCAGGGUUAUCUGAUCAAUGCCACCACCAUAGUCGAGUGCCUGCAUUCCUUCUGCCACAGUUGCCUCAUUAAUCACCUGAGAAAGGAGCGAUUCUGCCCGCGGUGCGAGAUGGUCAUCAACAACGCCAAGCCGAACAUCAAAUCGGACACCACGCUCCAGGCGAUUGUCUAUAAGCUCGUGCCGGGCUUGUAUGAGCGGGAGCUGAUGCGCAAAAGGGCCUUUUACAAGGAUCGGCCCGAGGACGCCGCCUUGGCCACGCCAGAGCAGCGGGGAGAUGAUACCGAGCAUCUAAUAUUUAGUCCAUCAGAUGAUAUGUCGCUGUCGUUGGAAUAUGCGGAAUUGGGUGAACUCAAAGUCGACUCGGAAUCGGAAGUGAUGGAUACGCUGCGUCCCCGUUACCUUCAAUGUCCGGCCAUGUGCCGGGUGAGCCACUUAAAGAAGUUUGUCUACGACAAGUUCGAGAUCGAUGCCCAGCGUUUUAGCAUUGAUAUUAUGUACAAGGUCAAGACAAUUGUCCUGCUGGAUUACUACACCCUAAUGGACAUUGCUUACAUUUACACCUGGAAGCGAGAUGCGCCCAUGAGAUUCUACUAUCGUGUUUAUGAGUCGCCGCAGCCUUUGGUUAAACCAGUCGCUCGUCGGGUUGUGCCCUUCACACUGGAGAAGCUGGUGGAGAAAGUAGAAGAGCCAAUGCCUGUGCAGGUGGAGGCAACGCCUGCUGAGGCAGCUCCCAUUAAGCUGGAAGAGAUCAAAGAAGUGGUGGUGACGCCCAAAACGGAACCCCUCAAGCUCGUUCUAAGGAGUAUGCUGGAGAAGCGGGAGAAGAGUCACUCGCCUCAGGCCAGCUCCAAGCACUCGGCCAAGAACUCGCCACCCACUCCCGUUCCCUCGUCACCUUCGGAGCCCAACAUCAAGCUGAAGAUUGACCUGUCCAAGCAGAACAGUGUGACCAUUAUCAAUAUGUCUGAUCCCGAGCGUCGGGAGAUUGUCAAGCCGCUGAAGCCCGAGAAGGAGUCGCGUUCCAAGAAGAAGGACAAGGACAGCAGCAGUCCCAAGUCCUCGCCCAGCUCUUCCUCCUCCUCCCUCCUCAUCCAGUUCUCGUCUUCUUCCAGUGGCGAGCGCAAGCGCAAGAGUCCCAGUCCACUGACAGUGCCACCUCUGACCAUACGCACGGAACGCAUCCUCAGUCCUAGUGGAGUGAGCACGCUGAGUCCGCGUGUCACUAGCGGGGCCUUCUUGGAGGAUCCCAAGUCGGAGUUCCUCAAGUCCUUUGCCUUGACGCCCAUCAAGGUGAAGGUGGAGUCGCCAGACAGGAUGACCAACAGCCGAGCCAUAACCCCGCCUUCAUCUGCAGUCCAGCAGCAGCAAUCCUCGCCGAAAUCCAAGGCCAACUUGGAGGACAGCAUGCUAAUGAAGCCGCCCAGCUGCAUGCCGCCCAAGUCCAUAGCCUCCUCGAAGCGCAAGAGCAAGGAGCCAGUGAAGGCAGUGUCCAAGAAGCCCAAGCUAUCGCCGCCACUGCCACGGGAGGACUUUAAGAUACGCCUGCCAGCCACCAAUGGUAAUUCCCCAACAGCAGCCACGCCCAAGGUGGAGAAGCCGCUGAUGCCGCCACCCGCAAAGCCACCAAUGCGCCCCCGCAAGCUCCAACCGGCAGCGCAGUUUGCAACACCACCGCCCUUGUUCAUGUCCCACCAUGCCGGCAUGCAGAUGUCCGCUCCUGGCAACAGGACACCCAUUGCCAAGCGCUAUCAACCCAUUCUGCCCAAGGCAUCGCGUCCGAAUCCCUUUGCCAAUCCAAGCGAUGUGAAUAAGUUGCUCAAGGACGCGGGCACUGAAAUCAAAUCGAUUUGCGGCGGAGCAAGUGGAGCUAAUCCGCAUGUCUAUGGACCCGGGGAGAUAACUAAAAUGGGACCACCGCCAGCGCCCGUAAAUGGCGCAGGAGCGGGAGCAGGAGGAGCAUCCCCCGCAGCCUCGCGAAACCUUGGCAAGCAGAUGCCGGCCACGAACAACAACAAGGGAGGCAGCAACAACACUUCCAACAACUAUCUUAACUUGGCUCUGUUCAAUGCCAGCAAGUCCAAGGGCAAGGAGGCGCCACCCGGCUGCCGCACACCCAUGUACACCCCCAAUUCGCCCAUCUACUCACCCAGUUCGCCGCAGUACGUGCCCAGCUACAAUAUACCCACGAUGCCCACCUACAAGUACACCCCGAAGCCAACGGCGGUGGCCAAUUCGGGAGCUGGCAAUGGAGGAGCUUCGGCCGCUGGCUACCUGCAGAAUAUGCUAGGCGGUGGCAGUGGUGCUGGUUCGCUCUCAGGCCUGUUUCCCUCACCGCCCACGAAAUCGGAUCAGAACACCAAUCCGGCGAAAGGAGGCGGUGCAUCCUCACAGCAGACAGUACCACCAGCAGCAGCAGCAGCUGCUUCUGGCAAUGGCAAUGUCAGGAAUCUGUUUCCCCGCAGUGCCAGUCCCAUCGAAGAUGCUCCAGAGAAGCAGCAGCAGGUGAAGGUCAAGUCGCUGCUUACCUCGUGCAACAUCAACAUUCCCUCAUCGCUGUCCAUCACCAUUUCGCGGGAUAAUGGCAAUCCAUCGUCGCCAAACAGUGGCCAGCAUCCCAAGCACAAGAGUCCGGUUAAUAACUACAUAGAGAUCGUCAAGCUGCCCGAUCAGGUGCCAGCUGCAGAGACUGCCGCCAAGGAGGCGCAGCAGAAGCGUCAGUCGCCAGGGCCAGUGGUUGCACCAGCACCUCUGCCCAUGAAGCUGCCACCCCCGCCGCCCUCCAAGGCAAUUCCCUCGCCCCAGCAUCUCAUGUCGCGCAUGACGCCGCCACAGGUGCCACAAGUGGCCACAACAACGCCACCACCGCCCAGUGCUCCGCGUGUGAUCACGCCACCCAAGACAUCACCGCCUCCUCCACCGCCUUCGACCAAGGCCACUCCCCUGAAGCCUGUGCUGACGCCCACGCAGGCGGACAAGAAGACACCGAGUCCGGAGAAGCGCAAUGCCGCCCAAAUGGGCAGCCACUCGCCCACGGCCAGUGAGAACAAGUCGCCCAAGGGGGAGCUGCAGGCGGAGCCAACUCGGGGCGCCAGCCAGAAUGGAGAUCCGUCGGCGGCCAAGAAAUUCCGGCCCAUCCUGCCGCGUCAGAAUGCCAUGCCCGAUCUGGGGCCCAAGUUACCCGCCCUGGCUCCCUUCAAUCCCGCCCAAACUCCCGCUGCUCCUGGCAAGAAGGUGGCGCCCAGCAAGAAGUCACCCAAUGCGGGAGCCACUGCCUCGCAGCCGGGACAACAGAAGCAGCAGCAGAAGCACAGUCCGCCGCAGAAGAACCAACAGCAGCAGCAGCAGCAGGGAAAGAAGGCAUCGAAGGCUCCCACGCCACCACCGCUGACACCUUCGCUGCCAUCUGUGACCAAAAUGCUGGGACAUCCCAGCCUGGGCGGUUUGCCCCGUUUGAAUACUCCGCUGGGCAUUGCCUCCAGCGCCAGUGCCGCUGCCGCGGCUGCUGCCUCCGGUCAACUGGAUCUGAGCAACUUCCUGAAGGAGAACCUGAUGCGGGCUCAGGUGGCGCAGGCAGCACAGGCCGCCCAGGCGGCGUCCGCCGCCAACCAGACGAAUAUGUUGUACAACUUUGCCCAGAUGGGUCACAUGUCGCCGGCCAUGUACAACUACCACCAGGCGUAUCUGAUGGAGCAGCUCUCCCGGAUGCAGCGGGUCGGCAACGAUGUGUUCAACGAUUACCUUCAGAAGCUGAAGACUGCGGCUAACGCUAGUGGUCCGGCAGAGGGUGAGCCCAAGUCAGUGAUGCCUAUGCUGCCCUCAGUGACUCUGCCCAGUCCGGGAGGAAUUGCACCACAAGCAGCCAGUCCAAAGACAUCGCCCGUGGCCGCUGGAAAGCUAACGGCGGGUGCCACGGCACCGCAGACCAAGGGAGGCAACGGCGGUGGCAACAGUGGAGCUGGACGACAUCAAACGGCGGCCACCAGCAACGGAGCUGCCCCAGCUUCCCUCAAAAGCAAGUGAGGGAGCAGGAGGAGAUGCUGGACAGACAACCCCAUGUAGCUCUAAUUAAUUUUUAAAGACCUUGUUUUAGUUAUUCAUUAACGUUACCCCUUUUUUGUUCGUCGUUUGGCCAGAGAGCUCGCGACCAGAACCAAUUCCUCGCCCUAAUUACGGUGUCCAGGGGAGAAUCCACCCCUGAAAUUCCAGGUUGGUUGGUGGUGGCUUCCCCCUUCGUCCCGCCAAGUGUUAUACAUCCAUCCGCGUGUUAUCGACGCUCUGUAAAUAUAUAUAUACACCUUAUAAAAUAGGAAUAUAAACAUAAAUGAUUAUAGAUUUAUCAAGUGAUGUUGAAAUGUAUUAAAGAACAAUAGGAGGAUAUAAGACAGCGAUUCAGAAUCGAUAUAUACAUAUAUAUAUGCGAGAUAUACGAAUUAAAUAUAGUUAAGCUAAGUGUAAAUAUUUUGUAUAAUCUCUUUUGUACUUUAAAAACGAA